GCCAAAUGUGGCUGAUGUCCAUGACGCCGUGCAACGAAAUUGAGCACUCAAGACUACUUGCUCCAAGCUUUUGCAAUAUUAAGAGCAGUUGGUGCUGCUAUGUAUUAUAUCUGGUUUUUCAAUGCCACAGAUCCUUAUAAAUGCUGCGAAGCCUCAAGUGGGGAGAAUGAGGCCGAAUCUGCAGAAGAUAUCGGCGUUUUCGAGCAACGUUCGUGUGCAAAGUUGGACGAGACGCUCAUACGCCUUUCAGGCCGCUGGCGGGCCCGUCUUUGAGGUCUUCAACAGGAGGACAAAAUGGCUACAAAAAGAGAGAGCUGCGUCAAACCCACAACUGAGCAGGCAGGCAGAUUAUCUGAAAGAUGAAGUUGCCAUCCGGUUGUGUGAACGACUAUUGGACAUCAAACGCCAAUUCCCAAAUGUGCUGGACCUGGGAGCCAAUGCCUGCAGUGUUGCCAAGGCAUUGACGCGAGAGAACCCAGAUCCGGAUCCGGCGAAUCCCAUAUCGCCUCCGAUAGCCACGCGCAUGUCCAAGCUCACGGCUGCUGAUUCCUCAAGGGCCAUGUUGUACCGGGAUGCCGAUGAGCCCUGGAACCGUGGGAUGGACAUCUCCCGCGUGGUCCUGGAUGAUGAGGAGACCCUCCCGUUUGAGCCGGCUACUUUUGAUCUAGUGCUUAGCAACCUGAGCAUGCACUGGAUCAACGACCUCCCCGGGGUCCUUGGACAGAUCAACAACGUCCUUAAGCCGGAUUCGCCCUUCAUUGGCGCCAUGCUUGGCGGUGAUACCCUGUACGAGCUUCGAACGUCUUUACAGCUGGCCGAGCAAGAACGUAGGGGAGGCGUGUCACCGCACGUCUCGCCCCUGGCCGACGUGAAAGAUGUUGGCGGGUUGUUGCAGCGCGCCGGGUUCAAGAUGUUGACGGUGGACGUGGAUGAUGUUAUUGUCGACUACCCGGACAGCUUUGCCCUGAUGCAGGAUCUGCAGGCCAUGGGCGAGGGCAACGCUGUCAUCGGGCGUGAGAUGGGCGCCAUCGGUAGGGAUGUGCUUCUUGCCAGCGAUGCAAUCUAUCGGGAGUUGCACGGAAACGAAGAUGGCAGUCUUCCUGCCACCUUCCGAAUCAUUUACAUGAUAGGCUGGCGCGAGGGCGAGGGCCAACGGCAACCUCUGCCAAGAGGCAGUGCUCAGAUAAACCUCAAGGACGUCCUUGAGACCAAAUAAUUCGAAUGCUGAUCGGUUCGAUGCACCCAAGGAGGGUGGGUCGGGGCGCGUUGAAAACAUACAUGUAUUAGUAGUAUUCCUCGCAUGAUACCCUAGCUAGCUACUGAUUUGUCGAGGACGAGCAGCUUUGCAAUCGCGCAUCUAUCGCAUGCAAUCUUGACGGUGGAUUCAUCAUAAAACGUCUAAUACA